UUGCAGCCACAACAUGUUAAAAUAUCUGUCCAUACCUCGACUGCAUCUUAUAUCGAUUCAGCUAGUGUUGAUAGGUUGGCUCUAUCAAAUGUUUCACAUAGAGGCAGCCUCAGGAUACGAUAUUCAUUCGGACCAUGCAAUCCAGUUUACUAUGGACGAAAUAGUGAGCCAUGAUUCAAGUGUUCAAGUGACGGCAGGGUCCGUGCUGACUCAUAUCACCGUGUAUAAUUACAACGGUGCGAUAUCUGAUGCAGCAAUAGGACGAGUGAGCCUCGAUUCGAACAAUAUGGAUAAGAUAUGCCAGUGGGACGACACGGUCAGUCAAGCGUCGAGAAGGUACUUCGAGAUAAAUGAUAGUACAGGAAUAAUCACGAUGCGCGAAGGAACCCCGGAAGGUAUCUACUUACUACAUUUCAUCGUGACUGAGCGGUUCAACGAUGCAUCAAAGUGCAAAAUAUCUAAAAAAGUGAAGGUGACGGUUAAGAAAGUCUUAAAGAAGCAUAUCGAUCGAAGUGGCUCCAUUCGGUUCCUUAACGUAACUGGUGAGCAGUUCUUGACAAAGGAGAAAGGCAGCAGUACCGCACCAAAGGAACGUUUGGGGAUGAGUAUCGCCAGCGCACUGAAUGUCACUCAGGACAAGGUGGUUAUAUUUUCGAUACAAAAUGAAAAGUAUCAAACAAAUCAUACGAUUCUAAAUGUACGCUACUUGGUGCAUGGCUUGUUGGAAUCAGUGUACCUUCCACAAUUUCUCACAGUGCUGACUGAUCAAAAGCAUAAGCUUGAGCAAAUCGUAGGUUUCCCAGUGCUUCAAGUGGGAAUUGAUGAAUGUAUACCGAAUUCCUGUGGCGAUAAUCAUUUCUGCAAGAGCAAACUCCACGUGUCGUCCACCCCAAUCACUAUCCACACUGAAGGUAAUGCUUUUACGGGAGUGAACGUUACGGUGCAAAAGGAAUGUGUGGAUAGGAAGAUAAUAACCUGCCUGAAUGGAGGAUCUCCGGUAGACGAUCACUGCUCGUGCCUAAAAGGUUUUGAAGGACCCAAAUGUGAGAAAAUCGAGAUCAGUUUCGAAGAGAAUGGGUAUGCAAUCUAUCCAUUGAUAGAUCCUGGCAAUACUACAAGCAUAAGCAUGGAGCUUGCUCCAAACUCGAACGAUGGAUUAGUACUGUACAUUGGACCUUGGAUCGUUGAUCAUAAUCCUGAAGCACCUGCCUUGGAGUUUUUAGCUUUGGAGCUUAUUGCAAAGCGUCCCGUGCUGUGGUUCGGUGUUGGAGGGAACAUAGAACGUCUUCGGCAUCCCUCCGCCGAACUACGCAACUCCUUCAGCAUUGAGAUAGUGAUCUUCCCCGAUAUGGUUCAACUGAUCGUGGAUGGAUACAAGAUGAGAUUCUCCACAUGUAGAGAUGCGCGCGUCAAGCACUUCACCAACAGUAUCCUCCAUCUCGGCGAUUCUUCAAGUUACCUCAACCAACUUGGUGCACGUUUUAACUGGUCGGAUGUUGCUCAAAGCAAGGGUUUUGCAGGAACCAUACGCAACCUAAAGAUCAACAAUCGCACGUACGAUCUUGGACAGCCGAUUCUUGCUAAGCUGGUUUCAUGGAAUGCUGAAACAAUCUACUCACUCAGAAGCCCAUACACGUUGAUGAUAAUCAUCUCCUUCGUAGCUGGUUUGAUAUGGAUGAUGAUAACAUUCGUCGUGCGGAAGCAUCGCUCGGGCAGGAAGCAGGAUGAUAGUGUGGAUGAUAUUAAAACUGCUCUCGCUAGCAAUGGGAGUUCCAAUUUUAUUGGAAUCUGCUUCGCAUUUGAGCAAAACAGAAAGCCAACAUUGCCCGCUGAGGAACGAAAGUUGAAAAACAAGUAUUCAAAGAUUGACUUCCCAGCAAAAGUGUUCAUGUGCGGCCCAAUCGUGCAUUACCAUCUAUCACAACAGGGUGUUAAUUGAACGGGAAACGUACAAAGACAUUUUUUACAGGCAAUGAUAUUAUUUGCAUACUCUUAGUAUCUUUUAAAAAUUUAAAAGUUUGAAAUGGUAGCUACUGCGCA